ACACCGUCACCGCACCAGCUUCGCGCCCCUUCACGCUCUUCACGCAUCGCGUUCACGCACCCACUUCACGCACCGCGCUUACGCACACCUCAAACCUCAUUUACACUUCCUUUUCAUCAGCACAUUCUUGCGCCCCUACCUUUCUUUGAAAGCACAGGUACGCGAUGGCGGAUGACAACUCUUCCGAGGUGUCCGAUGCAAUCAGCGACCACUAUCUGGAGCGCAAUCCAGAGCUGGCGGGCAUGACUCCGGUUAUCUUUCGUCAAGAUCCUCAUUCACGUUCUUUCAAGCGCCUCGCCAUGGCUGCAGGUGGUCAUAUGGAGGAAGCAUUCGCCGGUGCCUAUGACAUUAUCAACAGUAUCAACCCGGAAGUGUUCCAGAUGCCGUUCGGUACGCGCGUUGUGAACAUCAAAACAGACUUCUCGGAUAACAUUAUCUUCGGAGCAAAGAAAGGCCAGUGGGCUACUCUCGAGAAAGUCUCUGAGCGUAUCAUGAAACUCUACGAAGCUCGCAAGCACAGUAGCGAGCAAGUUCUCUUUCUGUUUGCUGUCAACGGCAGCAAGCAGUUCUGCGGUCUUGCCAGGAUGAGUGGACCGUGGGAUCGAAACGGUCGCAUUGACGGCUGGCUCGAGAAGGAGUCCAGCGCUCCGAGCUUGGGGUAAGCAAUUCAUAUCGGCCUGGCUUGG